AAUCAGUCCAGUCAUGUCGGGAGAAGUGAGCACGAAAAAAGGGGGAGUCCUCUCAAUGGGGCCUCAUACUCUACAAAUACCCACUGAAUUAUUUAGUUUGAAUCGUCAAAGACUUGUUAACAGUCUCAGGGAGAAAAUUACCGAUGCUUUGGUGCUGCUACAAGGUGGCGAAGAAGUGCCUUUUUACGAUACCGAUAUUACUUAUAAUGUUUUUAGACAAGAAUCUUAUUUUAUGUGGGCUUUUGGUGUAAUUGAAGCAGAAUGUUAUGGAGCUAUUGAUGUUAAAACAGGAGAGUCUUAUCUUUUUAUACCGAGACAUCCUGAAGAGUAUGCUGUUUGGAUGGGGCCUUUGGCCCAAAUACACGAUUUUUCUAAUAAAUAUGGCAUUGCUAAUGUGUAUUACGUAGACGAAUUGAAAACUGUUUUAGAAAAGUUAAAUAGAGCUAAAAUUUUAACAUUAAAAGGCUUGAAUACUGAUAGUGGUUUAACAGCAAAACCAGCUAGUUUUGAUGGUAUUGAUAAGUUUUCCGUUGAUGAAGCUAUUUUGUUUCCAGUUAUAGCUAAUUUGAGAGUUUACAAAACGGAACACGAAAUUAGAGUUAUUAAAUAUGUGGUUGCUGUGUCCAGUUAUGCCCAUAGACAGGUCAUGAAAUUCAUUAAACCCGGAAACUACGAGUACCAAGGCGAAGCCAAAUUCCUAAACGCUUGUUACGAAAAAGGUGGUUGCCGUCACGCGUCCUACACAUGCAUCUGCGGUUCAGGUGUAAACGGGGCCAUACUCCAUUACGGUCACGCAGGAUGCCCCAAUGCCUCUCCCAUUAAAAACGGCGACAUUUGCCUCUUUGAUAUGGGCGGAAAUUAUUUCGGAUAUGCUGCUGACAUUACUUGUACAUUUCCAGCAAAUGGUAAAUUCAGUGCUGACCAAAAAAUGAUUUACGAAGCAGUUCUAACUGCAACCUUGGCAGUCCAUAAAGCUUGCAAACCGGGAGUUUCUUGGGUUGAUAUGCAUGUUUUAGCUAAUAAGACCAUGUUAGAGGAGCUUAAGAAAGGGGGAUUGCUACAAGGGGAUGUAAAUGAGAUGUUUGAGGCUGGAUUAGGGGCAAUUUUUCAACCUCACGGUUUGGGUCAUUUUAUGGGCUUGGACGUACACGAUGUUGGAGGUUAUCUUUCAGAUCAACCCGCAAGACCUACAAAAGUGGGCCUCAAUAAAUUAAGAACCGCAAGGGUUUUGGAAAAAGGCAUGGUGCUCACUAUUGAGCCUGGAUGUUAUUUCAUUGACCCUCUCAUAAAUAAGGCAUUAGAAGAUCAGAAACUAAACAAAUUCCUUGUACCAGGAGUAAUUGAAAGAUUCCGUAAGUUUGGCGGUGUAAGGAUUGAAGAUGAUGUUUUGGUAACUGAAAAUGGAAUGGAGGAUUUGACAAAAGUGCCAAGGAGUGUCAAGGAUAUUGAAAAUUGGAUGAGUGGCAAUUUGGACGAGUCCACGUUUUUAGAUUCGGAUAAGCUUUUUGCCUGGUAAAAAAAAAAUUCAAGACAUUUAAAAAAUAUAACAAUUUUAUUAUUGUGAGAUAUAAACAUUAAUAAUAUAAAUACAUUGUGUGAAUAAUGACCUAAAAACUUUAUAGGCUACACAGCAGGCAAGAACUAUCAGAUUCAAAAUAUAUAUAAAAAAAAUGCAAAAUUUGUAAAAAGUUAAUAAAUAUUAUGUACAAAAAAAAAGCAUUACGAUUUAAGCGGAUAAAACACAAUAUAACAUUACUUAUGAUGGGAGCUAAAGUUUCUUUAUCAACACUUGAACUUACAAUAAAGAAUAUUUUGUACCUUUUUUUUUUCUUAUCAAAUACAUUUUAGGCAUCAACUAUGGUAUGUUUGUUUUUGUCAAAACCAAAAUAGAACACACCAUUUUUGAUGCAAGUGCAACAAAGAUUUAAUAACUAAAACCGGAAACCAUUAUAAUAGAUUACAAAUACAACAAGUUUUCACUAUGUACAAAUAAAUUAAUAAAAAUGCUUCGAACAUUGUUUACAAUAAUUUAACAAUACUGACUAGUUAGCGUUUUGUCGUUUUGGGGGUACAUAAUAAUCAAAAUAAUGACAUUUUUUUGUCUUUGUAAGAGAAAUUUUAAGGGAUGUCACUUAAACGUGAUAAGAAUUUUCACUGUUAAUCGAGGACAGAAACUUCAAAAUUAGAUUCAAGAAUGGCUUAUCACGUUUAAAUGUAAUUAAUUUCAAAAAAAAUAUUAACAAUAUUAUCUAUCUGUUCACCACUCACCAAUUCGUCUCAUUAAACAGCAACAAUAACAGUCCUAAUAAAUAUCACCCAAAUAUCCAUUUUGUAAAUUUCCAAAAAAAAAAAUCAUCAUUGUUUAAUUUCUUGUUUCUUCCUCCUCCUACCGGCUUCCAGUAAAUAAGACACAUCCAAAACCUGCUUGCCAGGCAUCUUGCUUAAGAGAUUCAAUAAUAUCUUGUUCAGCCUCAAUUUUUGUUGUGCAGGAGUCUAAAAAUCACACACUAAUUGCAAAAACACACAAUCGAAAAUAAAUCAAUUACCUUUUGUAUAGUAAUAGCAACACUAGAAGUACUAGGCACUUGAGUUGAAUUUGAAGCUGGUUUCCUACCUACAGCCCCAUUUUUCAACAACGACUCAUCCACAUCGUGCGGACAAUAAGUUCUCGAUAUUUUCAAACGAGUUUCGAAUUGUUCAAAGGCAAAACUUUUAGUGCAAAUAGGGAAUUUGUUUUUCGAAACUUUACUAAACAUCUUGGCCGCCUUGUCAACCCGAUACUCGCAUAUGUAGAUGUGGUCUUCUUGGGCUCCAAUAGGACGGCCUUUGCAAAAUGUAUUUAUAUCCAUCACCCAGCAACGUUCCAUUACCAAUUCGACUGGUACUGCUUCAUAAAGUGGUACUCGCAUGACUUCAUUGGAGAAAAAUCUAGAAAUUAUUUCAAUUGAAAAGAGUGUCUGAAAAAUUUACUUGAAAAUUCAUACUUUCUUGUUGGUUCAUGAAAAGUCUCGUGUGGUCUUAAAUAAUGAUGCCCAUAAGCAAACCUCUUCCCAGUAUCCUUAUCCUUCCAAAGCCUCUCAAUUCUAAAAAUAUCCAACUCUGAAUAGUCAAUUUUGCCAAUGGUUUCAUAAGUAUGCUUUUUGUUGGUGCCAGGUAUAGAAAUAUCUCUUAAAACGUAAACUGUAUCGCCUUGACGCAGCUGAAGCU